CCUUCCAUCAUCCGGAGCAAACCCCGCCGUAGGUAGAGUCGUAGAACAUAAGCCGAGCGGGGUGAGCUUCUUGUAAGUACUAUAGUCACCGGCCCACUCCAACAUCUUCAAGCUUUGAUAAGUAGUGUAGGUAUCUCACCUGGAAGAUGCUGUGCGGCGACUGCCAACGCGUGUUUGAGCAGAAGGCGGAACACGGCCACGGUGGCCGCUGGUUUGCUGAAUCGAAUUGGAGCACGUCUCUUGCCGCCAUCCAAGCCCACGGCGCUACGUGCGUUGCCUGCCACGCCGUUAUGCGUGGACUCCGAGAAGCCGACUUAGAGCUCGAGGAUGAUCGACCCUUGAGCUUGAGAGGCAUUCUUUUUAGCCCCGGAACGCACGACGGCCUCUUCGAGUCAAUGCCGUACGCGACUUUUGACGUCUCGGACGCAGCAUCUCAGAAACACCUCUAUUGCCCCUGUAUACUUUUGGAGCAGGUCGAUGGCCAAGAGAAACAGAGCCUUUUCGCACCGGUGGAAAGCACGAGCACCGGUUCGCUCGGGACACAACGUUUUAUAACAUCCUGUCUCGAACAUUGCCUGGCCAACCAUGAAGUCUGUAGAGCGUCCAGAGCCCAAGAGGCCUGGUUUCCGACCCGGCUGAUUGAAAUCGAGGGGCCCAAUGCUAGACUGAUCGUUACCAAGGAGACCCCGCCCAAGGGUCCGUAUAUAUCGCUCAGCCACUGCUGGGGCGGCGCUGACAUCAUCAAAUGCACCGAAAAGACCUUGCCUGAGCUCCGAAAGGGGGUUCGGGCUUCAGACCUUCCCGCAACCUUCCGAGAUGCCCUCAGCGCCACCCGGUCCCUCGGACUGGCUUACAUCUGGAUCGAUUCUCUGUGUAUUGUCCAAGACUCCCCCUCUGACUGGGCUGCCGAAUCCAAGACGAUGCUCAACGUCUACCAGCACAGUAUCCUGAAUCUCGCCGCCACCCAGUCCCGCAACAGCCAUACCGGCCUCUUCGUCCACCGCACGCCGGGGAGUCUGCUUUCUGGCCCGUUCCCCAUCUCCAACGGUGCUCUCAGCGGCUCCUUCAUCGCCGUCGAAGCCGCGCUGGACGAGCCGUACUGGACUGCUGCGGUGGACAAUGCCCCGCUCAACACCCGUGGCUGGGUCCUGCAGGAGCGUGUCAUCUCACCCCGCGUAGCUCAUUUCACCUCGGACCAGGUCAUCUGGGACUGCGCCGAGCUCACCGCAGCUGAGACGGUGCCCUCGGGCGCGCAGGCGAUGCCACGCAUGGUCCCGUUGGGUAUCGGGCCGAAGCGCGGAUCGAGCCUGCUGAAGGUGCCGCCAGAGCAGGACCGGGCCCUCGGCCAGUGGGGAACGAUUGUGAAAGCGUAUUCUCAGUGCCACUUGACAGUCCCCUCGGACAAGGUCGUUGCCCUCUCCGGCGUGGUGGAUUACUUGAGGCUCAAGUUAAGAGACAAAUUCUAUGCAGGUCUCUGGAGGGCGCAGAUGGAGAUGCAGCUCUGCUGGAUAGUGGUGGGGUCGAGCGCGGCGAAGCGGAACGCCUCUGCGCCAUCGUGGUCGUGGAUGAGCGUCGACUGCGCCGUCGACACACCGCAGCAUCACCAGUACGAUCGUUAUGUCGUCAGGCUUCUUGCGAAGGUCGUCGAUGUCGAUGAGACAGCCGAGACCGACAACAAAGGUAGCAUCUGGCUCCGCGGCGUGCUGAGCCCCGUUACACUUGAGGCCCAACCUCAACCUCGGCUAAUCGGUCCUGGAAUGGAGCAUCUGGUUGAUCUGUCACUGGACACGGCCGAUGCCGUCGAUGCAGCAGGUGCUCUGUUCUUUGUUCCCGUAUUCGAUGUGCAGGGACCGGACACCGGAGUGAUGCACCAGCGGUUUUCCGAGCUCAGGGGCCUGCUUCUGGAGGAGUUGGAUAAAGAGGCGGGUAGAUACUUGCGACGUGGGCAUGUCUUCGCUUCAGCACGGCCAGACAUGAACAGCAAGCAGUUCCCAGAAAGCUGCCUAGCUUUCCUCCAAGCUGUUGAACAGAACCUGCCCCGAUCUUCCGAAGGGAAUACAACGACUAGUCGUCUAAUUUCGAUCACAUGAUACGGCUUGAGUAGAAUUGUGAAAGAAAUGAGGGCCAACGCGAAUGGUUGUGCUAUGAGAAACUUUGGUUAGGAUAUCUACGAAGAAAGCCAACGUAGAGGCCGGGCGACUCGAGCACAACGUGCACAGUGUGUUUCC